AUGCUCAAUCUUGGCCUCCUGCUGUGCACGCUGAUCUCCUGUACCUUCCCAGCACUUCCCCCUGCACUCUUGUGCUACUUGGUGGUUGUUACCUUGGCCUUUACCCAUCACCACACCUGUCAAAAGACCCACACCUGCUGGUACCCUUGGGUACAAGUAGAGUUCUCGGUUCCUGUGGGUAAACCCGCAGGCUCCCCGACAGUUACCAAUGUCUCUGUCCCUUUCUUCCAGCCGUUAGACUUAAGCAUUGUACCAGGGACCUACAGCUCCUCAACUCUGACUUAUGGUACCCUCACAACAGCAAUCAAGAAUUUUGGAGACAGUUUUGUCGCUAUGGCUACAAAGCACAUGACCUUGUGUAAUGACGGAAUGCUGACCAGCACUGUUGACUUAAUGCCACGGCAGAGCUAUGUAUCUGUGACUGCAUUUAAUGCAGGGAUGCCUAUGUCUGGUAUCACAGCCCUUGAUGACGUGUGGCGGUAG